AAAUUUCCCCAUUUUGAUUCUGAGUUCAGCCUCGAAAAGUUCGUCAUCAGAUUGGACCAGGAUCAAUUGACCGAGGCCUAAACUCGCUCAACAAGAUGCUACUCAGCAUCGUCGGAACUUGCUCGGUAGAAGCAACUGCACGGCCAAUCUCCCUCCCUGCGCCUGCGGCAAGGUUGCCAGGCGUGUCCGGCAGUAGCCGGCAAACGCCCGCCUUACCGUGCCCACACUUCUGUUCGGAGAUUAUACCCUCGAUCUUCUCACCGUCAAUCUCCUCGAGAGUGAUGGUAAAAGAGACCCCUACUGUCCGUUCGCCCGUCUUUGCUACUACCCGUACCGUGCUCGGAUGGCGUGAUGUGAAGGGUGACUCGGGUGGCUACGGGCAAAUUACGAGUACCUGACAGGAGGAUUAUUGCAGUCCGUCCUCGAGAAAGACGCCAUACUAAUGUUCGCUCCGGGAAAGCAGUGGGUGAGGCUCAAGAGUCCGGGACUUGGAGCGGAAGCAUAGCAGAAGAAAUUUUGAUGGGCUACAGAGAUAUCGCUAACUGCCAAUGUGUAUAGGAGCCCGCUUCGUCGAU